UUUUCAAUUUGACAUGUCUUAAGUUGGCCAACGUGAUAAAAUCAGUUCGGAAUGGAAAAUUCAAACGUUGUUUCGUCGUCAUUUACAGUGUUUUUAUCGUGGUACAUAGAUAAAAGAAUUAAUACUUUCAUGCAAAUAAUCUUUACGUAUCGAUUCACGAAGCGAAGUAUAUAAUACGAUUAGUAUUUAUUUAAUUGUACGCGAGAUUUUGUUAUACGUGUAACUGUACGACGUCGAUCCUUCGAUUUUUUGAUCGGAUAUUUUACGCGACGUAAAAUAAUUCGAAAUAAUCCGAAUAAAUAUAUCAUUCUUAACAAUUAAUUGUAGAUUAUCGAUUUUUAUUACGAACAAAUGUUAAAUCUUGUAAACUAGUGAAACGAAUUUAUAGGUUAAACAUACAUAUCUAUUGUUCGUACUAUGUACAUGUUUUCAUGUGUAGAGUUCAUAUUGAACGUGUGUUGUAAACUUGCCGGUGUCCAUUUAUAUUUAUCAAAAUAUAUUAUAUCACAAUGAACUUUUUCGAAAAGUAUUAUCCGGGAUAAGAUACGAUUGUAAUCGUCUUCGUGCCAGCCAUUAUUUUCAUCCCGGCGGUUCGUCAACGACGCCACCAAGGUGACCCGAGUACGUUACCCGAGUUGUCACCACUUCCUAAUAAUUUCGCCAACAGUGUCACCCGAACCUCCGCGAAGAGAGGUUCGUAGUACCCGACACGGUGGCUCAGCACAGUCAUGAACGCGAGUUUCCGCUUCGGAGAGGCCCACUCGAGAGAGUCGACACCGGACCGGAAGCUGGAGCUUGACUGGUGCUGCAUCUCCUCGAUAGGUUUCCCGUACGAACAGGACGACGAGAUGGCUAAGAACGUAGGAGAAAGCCGUAUACCGUUGCCACGAGCGGCUCGACCAUCGUUUUUUCCCAAAGGAAGAGUUUUAGGAGGAACAAAAAUCGGUACUAGUCGUCGUCGAUCACUUGUCCUUAGUUGUUUGCAAUCUGUGAACGCGGAAGACGAUAUUUCAACACCUAGCCCAAAGUGUUCUACCCGGGCUACUUCAACUCCUUUGUCUACAGGGAACACAGGGAACGCGAUUUUUGCGAUAUCUCCUGUGUGGGACAUCGAAGAAAAUGAUGUGCAACAGUUGGUCUAUUUGAGCGAAGAAAAGAGCAACUUCUUCAGCUUGCUCGAAACCACUGGCACGUUGAACAGGAUCGAGGACGUCGGCGACAGCUGUCUCAGAGAUGUCAACUUGAGUUCCUAUAAUGACAACACAUCCGGUACUCCAUCGCACUAUUUGAUGCUAAACAAGCAAAACUCUUUCGAACACGACGAGAGUCUUGGUAUAUUGACGCCUGACCAGAUGACCGACUUUACGGUCGCGCUAGAAUGCUCCAGGACACCAUCCUGCGAGAAUCUUACUGGUUCCGGAGGUUCAAGAGUAGCUCUGACUCGAGCUUCAGCCUCAAGACCGUCGGUUGACGCUGAACCGACAGAAGAAGGUUCGAGCGAGCGUACACCUUCGCCAGAGGAACUUCCACUGGAUCCAAAACCUGCUGAACCUGCGAGAGGAUCCGUAGUCCCGGUAAGCUUCGUUACUUCGGUGACUAGCAUCACCAGUUUAGAAGCUGGCUACCAGGGCGACGGUGAAAACUCAAGGCCAGCUAGUCGUGGGGCUGAUCCACCCUCCGUUGCUCCACCACCAAAUUUACCAGCUCCUUGUAGACAAGAUCCUAUGACUGACUCGGAUUUCUUUACCGAAAGUGAUGCCGAUGCUCACGAGGAAAUUGUACGUGGUGAUAGAAAAGCACAAGUGAUUGAUGGGACUCUAUUUUGUGCUCCUGGAGGACGACGAUGUCCCAGUUUCACUGGCGAGGAAAUGGACUCCAGUGGUAUUUAUUCGGAUCUUGAUAAAAAGCAGGACGAACGUCACGUCCCUGGAGAGGCGUUGGAUGAAAACGAGGAUCACACACCGGAUACCGUUGAUACCGAAGUUUCACAGAGAAGUCAACCGUCUCCCGUUAAACCAGAGGCUACUCACGUGUUUUUAGAUUUCGUACAAAUGAGUCCACGAGUUUUGACCACUUUAGAUGUGUCGAACGAAGCGGACACGGUAUUACAAACUGCUGAAAUUACGGUGAUCGAAGUUAAUAGAGCAAAUGACAUACCUAGAAUAAAAUCUUCGAAUAAAACAGAAUCGAGUUCUUUGAAGAAAUACAAGAUGCCGAAGAGAAACGUCGUUUCGAAGAUUAAAGCGAUGAUCGAGUCCGGCCCAAAGGAUGAGGCGGAGAAGGAAGCUAGGCGGUCUCAACGAUCUCAAAGGAAAGGAAGUCGCUGGGAUGCGGUGAUGAGUAAGAUCGAGGCUGGUAAAAAUGAACAAAGAACGAGAUCCUUAAGAAAGGAAGUUAAAUCCAGGGUAUUACAAGGCCUAACCCAAUCAACGUCUCCUGGAGCAGCGUUACAAAAAGUUACCGACGUGGAUAAUAACAAUAGCAAGGAUAAAAGAAGAACGCGUGGAAGACAAACGGUAAAGUCACCUAUGCAAGAGACAGCUAGAAGCUCGGUUCGAAGUUCCAUGAGCGAUCUCAGCAGUGCGCCCAGUAAAGAAGCUCGUAAGAGAUCACCGACGUCGGGAAGUUCACCAAGGAGAAUUGUGGCAAACGGUCGUAGUGGUCAGCAGGGCCGAGUCAAUAGUUUUCAAGAAAAGAAAAAUUGUUCUUCCGUAGCGACGAUCAAUCUUGAAAAGAGCCCGACGGCGUCGCGCAAGCAACCGAUUACGAGGAGAUUAACGGCCAACGUCCCUGCCAAGCAACCAUCACAGCAACGGCAGCAACAACAACAGCAGCAGCAGCAACAACAACAACAACAGCAACAGCAACAGCAACAUCGUGCCACGAGACCAACAGAAAAAGAUAACACAAACGGUUAUGCGGUGACAAGGGCCUCCACCAUCGAAACUUGCGAUCAGGCUGCUCAAACGGACGUACCCUACGAUGUUCAUCGCGCUAAGAGGGCCGAACAAAUCGUCCAAGCUUUAUCCGUCACCGUACAAUAUCUUGCAUACGAAUUGGAUGCAUUUUCAACGCCGAAACUAAAGAAGAAUAACGAAAAUAUGAAGACCGAGUGGGUAGCAGUGUGCUCGGAGAUAGACGAGCUAAGAGCGAAAUACAUUAAGAUAGAGGAAAGAUUCGGUACAGCGAGGAAGGAUCAUCGCAGAGCCUUGGAUCAGCUUCGCGAAGAUCUGGAGAGCCGGCACGCGGAGCAGCUGGCAUCUUUGGAAAGCAACUUGCAGGAGGAGAGACAGAAGUGCGAGUUUAGGCUAAACAAUUGCUUGAACGAGGCGACAAAGGAGCAUCGAGCAGAGAUCGCGAGGCUACGAGCCGAACACGAGGCCGAAUUGAUGCGUAAAGAUGCAGAGACCAAAAGAAGAUCGGUCGUCCAUGAUCAAGGUGCAGCCUUGGCGGCGGAAGUCGAGUCCUUGAGAUCUGUCUUGGAAUUGAAGAGUCAAGAGAACGCGACCUUGAGAUCGGAACUGGACGGCAUACGUCGGGAGAUCGAGGACAAGGACAUAUUGCAGCAACGAGUGGAGAUGCUCGAAGCGAGAUGCGAAGACUUGAAGGCUCAGCUUCAGUGCAAGGAGGCGAUGGAGAGACAAAUCUCUCAUAACAACGAGAUGCUCCACGAAUCGAUGCAUCAGGUCUCGAAACAGAACAAACGUCUUUUGCAACGUAACGAAGAAUUACAAUGGAGGUUACGUCAAAAAAACGAAGUAGUAACAGUCCUGGCGAAUCAAUUAGCCUCGCCACGACUGUCUAGAUCCUUAGGUCCUGAACACAUAGAUCACUCGUUGUCGUUCGACAAGAAUACGCAACAAUCCUCCUCUAUGAUAAAGUUUGUCGUUGAGAAAAGCGAUUCGGUCUCGUGGACGCUUGACUUGGACGAAGCACACGCACCUAUGAACGCACCACCGAAACUCUUGACACCGGAGGGUUCUCUAUCGGUAUCUCGACAAGGCUCUUUAAGGCUUACACCACGGAGAACUGGUAUCGACACGAGAGCCAGAUCCAAGAGCAUUUCCGUGACAGAUUCCGCGAGAACCGAAGAUUCCAGUUGGCCUUACACCUCCACACCGGUCAACGCACGAAGAAGACCCAGGAGCGACCCAUCCUCCUCUUCAACCUCUUCUUCCUCAUCUUCCUCGUCGACAGCUUCAUCCUCCUCAACGGCUCCAGCCAAUCCCGUCGUUGCAGUUGCCGUAGCUGCGGCGGCUGCCGCUGCCGCAGCUGCCGAAGAUUGCAACGCCGGUCAGACACCUCAAGAAGCUGGUGGCGAAGCCAUGAUCUCUGAGGAAACCUCCGCUUCCAGCAGCGAGGACGAGUCCUCUACGAGCAGCGAUAUACCUCGUCUUCCCAUGCAAUUUGCUUGGGGAAAACCCAUCAAUUAACACACAAAUUAGCCAAGAUUUUCGUUCGUGCGACCGUAAAACGAUGGCAUUUCGCUUGCCCUGCCUAUCGAUCCUAUUUCCCUCGAUAUUUUUUCUUUUUUACGUGCUCGCAUUUUUAUACUUUCGACGCCCCUCUUUCUUCAGAAUCUUUCUAUCGAAGAUUUGAAGAGAAAAUACGCGUACAAAGCAAAAGAUUAACGUCGAAUAUUCGUGCACGCAUAUAUACGUGAUAUUCGAUAUCAAUCAAUAUCGAAAACAUUUUUUUUUAUUUGUUCUUGUAUCUUUUUAAUAUGACUUCAUGGGUUUUUUCUUUUUUUUUUUUAUUUUUUUUCUAUUUUUUCUUCAUUUUUUUUUUUUCUUUUUUUUUUUAGUAAAGUUGACCGCGUAUGUGUUUUCGUGAACAAGAGUAUUGUGUAAAACCAUUAGACAUUCUUAAUUAUUAAUGUAUGAAAUGAUAAAUGAAACGAGUGUCUUGAUUUUUGUUCCACUGGAUGAGUCCUUUGAUUCAUUGUAAAAUAUUUUAUUAUUUUUUCGUUCUCGUUUAUCUUUCCUUUUUGUCUUUCCUACUUCACGAUCUUCUCGUUCACUAAUAAAAAAAAAAAAAAAAACAUUCUAUUAUUUACAAUGUAUACAGGUGCCUAAUACUUUUGGCCAAGGAUGUGUACAUGUUAACGGAUUUAUCUAAUCAUGUAUAAGGAGAAAAUACGUUUCGGUCGUCUGGGCCAUUACUUAUUUAAUUCGUGUCACUUUUACACAUGUCCGUUUUAUAAGAAUGCGAUUACAUUAAGUCUGUAAAUAGGCAACGAUGUUUAUAAAUUAAUUAAUUUUUAUCGCAACUGUAUAUAGUCAAGAACGUUACAUCACAUACCGUCUCCUUCCUCCCGAAUCAUCGAUAAAAUAUUCGCUGCGCUUAUACUUAAAAUGGCUGAUUUUCAUUAUAGCCGCAGCCUAAAGAACGGCGAAAUAUUGCAAUGCCAUUUCUUUGAGAGAUCGCUAAGGGUCUUUUAAAUCAGUAUGAUGAAUAUGAAGUUGGCUUUGAAGUUGAUUUAUAGUACAGAAAACUCUUCUUCAUGAUAGUUUUGGAACGAUCGCGCAUUGCAAUAUUCGCUGUUCACCUUUUCAUGAUGAAAAAAAAAAAAAAAAAAAAACAAAAACCUAAUAUUUAUGUUAUCGUUCGAUUUCUCCGUGUUACAGUUUCGAUAAGCUUAUACGUAAUACGAUUAUGAUAGGCUGAUAUACACUAACAGCGGUGCGAACUCGUUCAAAUUUCUUACGAGAUCGAGAUACCGUGUAAAUGCAUAAGCCUAUCGAAGUUAUGUAUCGGCUCAAAUCAUGCCAGCUAAAGUGAGAAUCGAAUGGAUGCAAAGUUGAUUCUAAUCUGCUCUCUUUGGAAAAACUGGAGAUCACAUUCGGUAGCAGUAGCUUAGGAAUAAACGGAAGUAUUAUUCGCAGAGAAGUGUUUUUCUCCCACAUGUGCUGGCAAAUUUAAUGUAUUAUAUAUUUAUCAAAAUAAAUAUUAUCUGAAUUACCACAA